GUGACGCUAUUAUAAUGAAAUGGAGCAUUGCAUGCAAUAAAACUGCGUCGAGAAAAGAUUAAACUACUUGCAUGCACGCAGCUUCUAUCUUAUAGAGUCGAUUGAAUAAAAUGUAUCGGGAGAAGAAUGAAAGGUGUAGCAAUGUAUUGGAAAGAUAACAAAACGUCCGGGUUUGUAAAGAAGACACGUAAAUUGUAAACACAGGGAAAGUAUAUCAACUUCAAAGUGCUUUUAGGGAAAAAUAUGAGUUUAAAAGUUAAAACUUCCCGGUAUAGUCCAGUGGUUUUAAAAAGGUUUAACUAUAUGGAUAAAAUUAUAGGUAUUAAUUGAUUUGGAGCUAAUAUGCCACCGUGUGACAAAGUGAUUCUUUCUUUGUUUUGGAUUUGGGCUUUUAUAUUGGAAAAUAUAUUUGCAAACGAUGGAACAUGUACACUGGUUUUGAAUGAAGAAGGGGAUUCUAAGCAGAUUGAAAUGAAGUCCAAUAAUUUUACAGGACUCUCAAAUAAGGGAACCAUUGUAUCGUUAUCUCGAGAAACAUGUGUCAACAACUCCACCAUACAACUGACCAUCUUACCAGAAGAUAUCAAAGCGCUGACUUUCCCAGAAAGGACCCAGGCUAAGUUGACGCUGUAUAUUCGCUACACACUAGCGUUUCUCCGCAACUCCAGCCGCCUACAGACACUCCAGCGGUCCGUGAUGCUGACCCGGUCAAGAAAGUUUAAACAACUGACUUGUUGGCUGCCAAUCUCAGUCCCCGAUCAUCUUCAUACCAUCAAUGUCACGGUUGCCGGGGACGAAUAUAACACAAUUGCCACUUCAACGUUGGAUGUUGUGGACCAAGCCAUCAAUUGUAAAGAGGGGUGCAAGUCUGAUGACAUUAUGUUCAACACAUCCUACCUGUGCUUGAAAAAUGGAACAUUCAAUCACAAGCCGUCGGCACGAGUAUUACGCGUUUCAUUCGAACCAUUAGGCAAAGGUCAAAAGGUCAAAGGUCAAACUACACUUAAACACUGGUCGGUUACCAAUUCAAGCAUAUCAUUUCAAUGUAACGACAAAUGUAAUGGUAUUGGAAGGCUUGAGGUCUCGUAUCGACAACUAAAUGCAGACCUCUACUGCUAUGUGCACAGUGACAUCAGAAUAGUUUGUGAUCACGUGACGUCAAAAUCCGAUCGAUAUGACGAUACCGAAUCCUUUGGGACGUUUGUGGUAUUUGGUCUUAUCGUGAUGACUUGUUUUACAGCCAUCCUCGCACUCAUCAUAUUUGUCGUGCAGAAACUAAUGGGACUUCAUCGUGCGUAUAAAAAUAGAAGAGAAAGCACCCCCAAAGAACGUCGCCGCCGAUCCAGUCUUCUAGGCCACUUGAAAACAGAUGAGAUUAUCCGAAACUCCAUCCUUAAUAUGCAUAAGAUUGUCUCUGAGCCCGAGGCCCAGCCACUGCGAGCCCAUGGUAACGGAACUUCCAGUGAACGCGAGACAAGCUUCUUGAGGAAUUCCUCACACAAGAGUUCACACAACAGGAUAGCAAGUUGCUCCUCCUGGGCGUCAAGUAUUUUAUCACAAACAAACUCAGGCUUGCCUUCGAAGACAUCCAGUGGUAAAAAGCUUCAACGAAGCGUUACACAGGCUAUGCUGGAAGAUCUGGACGAAAGCAAGUGUUCAAUUAUAUUUCUAACUCUACCCUUCGACCAGUACACCCGAGACGUAACCGAACUUCUGCGGAACGUUUUGUCUAUUGAGGGUGGAAUUCCAAGCCAGUGCUGCUUCGACCCAGAUGUUUUGAGCGAUUAUCAGACCAAUAGAUUCGCUUUUCUCGAAGAGAUAACUGGAAAUACAAACAAAAUUCUGGUAUUUGUGUUUCUUACUACAUUGAGUUAUGGAACCAAAGAAGAAAAGCUGAUACAUGACUUGCUAAACCAUUGUCUCCUAAAACAGAGAAUCAUUCCUCAAUGCAAGGUUGUCUUUCUCCACCUAACGGAUGACGACAGUAGGCUAGAAACAAGAUACCAUGGCCAGCAUAUUCAUCUGAAGCAUGAUAAUGCUUACAAGAAAUUUCUCUCUGUGAUCUUGAGAGAAUGUGGCAUCAAUGUAGAUGAAAGGAAUGUGGACAGUGAAUUGCAUAAAAGAAUGCUGUCAUGCAGUGCCACAAAGCAUUUAUAUCAGUUGUUAUCCUAUAAUGGCGAUAAGGCAGCAUGAGUAUUGUGGAAUAUCGUUUCUUACCUUGCUACACGUGUAUUAUGUAUGUCUUUCAAUGUGUUUUAAUGUCUUUCAAUAUUGCUUUGAUUAUUUUAUGUAUGCUUAGUUUUAACAUGAGCAUUCCUUUCCUGCGAUAGCAUUAGUGUUUGCAUUUAACACUGGCAAAUCACAAAAUAUUCACUGAUGUGUUCAUUUUAAUUCAAGAAUAAUAAAAAGUCAGGUCUAAAAACUGAUCACCGCAUGGUUAUGUGGCUUCACUCAAUUAUCAAGUUUAUUAUGCCCCACUUCGAAGGAGAGGGGAAUUAUUACUUUGCAAAUGUCGGUCGGUCGGUCUGUCGGUCCGUUCGUCGAUAUUACUGGACCUAUGGUCAUCAAACUUGACAUGAAGGUUGCGUCUUACCAGUUGAUGACACCUAUGGAUUUUAGGGUUAUCGUUUUAAAAGUCAAGGUCACAUUGACCUAGAACCAAAAAAAACUCACAGUGUGAUAACUCGACAAUGACUGCACCCAUGGCCCUCAAACUUGACAUAGGUUGGGGGUGACCAGUAGAUGACCCCUAUUUUGAGGUCAUAAAGUCAAAGGUCAAGGUCACAGUUACAUUAAACGCGAAAGCUUGUCUGAAUGAUAUAACUAGACAAUGGGUAGAUUUUUGGUGAAUACCAGACGGAGAAACUUCGGACGCAUUUGUAUCGAGUUACAAGGUAUAUAUAAGUUACCAUCAGAUAUCAAGUGUUGGUAAUCCUUGAAGACAGGGUGUGUUUUUUAGAUGUAGUGGUUAUAAACUAACAUAUAUUGCCAAAAUGUUACAAGAACUUCACUAUUGUCAUAUCACUAAUAUUUGUUUAUAACUAAAUAUAUAUUUUGGUCAUUAAAAUUAUACGUUAUAUUUACUUACUCCCUGCUGCUAAGCGGAUACAUGUUUAUCUGCAAAUAUCAGUCAUCAUCUGACAGAACAUGAUCAAACACUGUACCUACUAUCCUCACACUUUGAAUGGAUAUAAGCUUAAAACUACUUCAAAGACAUGCAAUGUCAAUAACAACUCGGCUGUCAUUUCGAUCCAUGCUUAAUUCAUUCAAUUUUCCAAAUAUUUCUGACAACAUGGCGCCCAGGGAGGCAUAAUGUUUGACAAACAUCUCUUGAUUAUAUCAUAGUUAUGAUGCAAUAUAAAUACUACUUUCCAAGGCAUUUUAAUUUUAUUACAGAUAUAAUGCAAUGCAUAUAUUAGAGAUAUUAUCUCGUUAUUUCUAAAGUCAAAAAUAAGAUAUAAAAUUCAGUCAUGAAUUGAAUUAACGUUGUUUCGUUAGUAUUUUAGCUUACCUGAGCACGAAGUUUUCAAGGUGCCCAUUUAGGUUCGGUCCUUGUCCGGCAUCCAUGCGUUCUUCAACUAAGUCACUUCUAAAGUAAUUACUGUUCUUUUCAUAAACUUAUAUAUAAUUAUCUAUAUUUCUUAUGUUCGUAGUGUGACA